GCCCCCGUUCUGAACGACCCGCCUUCCCCCCCAGCUGUUGCGAUGCGUUCCUUCUUGAGGAGCCAUGGAGGAAGACCUUGAGCCGUCGUCCCAAGGCUGGCUAGGUGGUUGGUUGCCAGCCUGGCGGCCCACCUCUAUGUCCCACCUCAAGAAUGUGGAAGCUCGGAUCCUGCAGUGCCUCCAGAACCGAUUUGUGGCCCGCUACGUGCCCCUCCCGAACCAGGCCAAGAUCUGGACCGUCUCGCUGUCUCCGCAAUGGGGCAAGGGGCGUACCCCCUUGGUGAUGGUGCACGGCUUCGGUGGCGGGAUCGGGCUCUGGAUCCUGAACCUCGACCCGCUCAGCAGCCGCCGCCCCCUCCACGCCUUUGACCUCCUGGGCUUCGGACGCAGCUCACGGCCCCCCUUCCCUCAGGACGCCCAAGGGGCCGAGGAAGAGUUUGUGAGCUCCAUCGAGGCCUGGCGCAAGGAGAUGGGCAUCCCCAGCAUGAUCCUGCUGGGCCACAGUUUGGGAGGGUUCCUGGCAGCCUCGUACAGCUUGCAGUACCCAGAGAGGGUGAAACAUCUAAUCCUCGUGGAUCCAUGGGGCUUCCCCACACGGCCAGCAGAUCCAACUCAGGUCCGUACCGCUCCAACCUGGAUCAAGGCUGUAGCUACGGUGUUGGGACGGUCCAACCCUCUGGCUGUACUUCGGGUUGCAGGACCUUGGGGUCCUGGGCUAGUCCAGCGCUUCCGUCCAGAUUUUAAGCAGAAGUUUGCCAAAUUUUUUGACGACGAUACCAUCUCAGAAUACAUCUACCACUGCAAUGCCCAGACGCCAAGUGGAGAGGUAGCUUUCAAGGCCAUGACCGAGUCCCUAGGAUGGGCCCGGCGUCCCAUGUUGGAGCGCAUCCACAUGGUCCGGCGAGACUUGCCCAUCACCCUCAUCUAUGGAGCCAAUUCCUGGAUUGAUACCAGCACUGGGGAGAAGGUCAAGCACUUACGGCCAGGGAGCUACGUCUAUGACAUGGCCAUCCCUGGAGCCUCCCACCACGUCUAUGCUGACCAACCCCGGGCCUUCAACGCUGCAGUGGAGCAGAUCUGCGACUCUGUGGACUGACCGCCCCAGCUGGAGUGGGAAAGUAGUUCCCGUUCUGCCACCUUAUAGCCCAGCUGCGGGGAGACACACACAGCACACGCUGCUUCCUGUGCCCCCGAGGAGCCAAAGCUGCAAUUCCUGCAGAUCUAGUUGCAGACGGGUCUCCGGGGAUCUCUGCUGUCCAGCCUGCACUCCCCCCAUCCCCACCCCUUGACUUCCCCUCAAAUUUUCUUUCUACUUAAAGGUUGCAGACCGCCUGUUUUGGGUUAAUCCAAGUCUAACCGUUCUUAUUCUUUUGCUAAUUUAUUGAUCUUGGUUUGAUUUACGCCACAUCCUCGUGCAACCCUGGUCCCUUCGAUUGUUGGUUCCAACCCCAGUCCCUCUCUAACCCCGCUCCUCAAUUUUAUUUCUCCCCUCCAUUUUCCUUCGUCCUACCUGUUAUGGCUCCUUACCUUUCUGUACUUGAAAGGCAACCUACUAUGAGUUUGUGCUGGAAAGCAAUUUUUGAAGCUCUGUUCCUGCCCUGCUAGAUAAUGCUAGAAUAAUUCACUUUGAUACUUGGUGCCUUUUGGGAUAAAUUGUUAACUGCAGAAUUUAUUUUCUUCUUAAAAGAGAUGCUAUUAUCAAUCCAAUCUGGCUGAGAGGUCUCUCAGUGAAGCUGCAGGAAACGCACAGAUCCCUUUUCGGUGGUCUCCAGAGCCCCUUGGGUGAUCACUGGAAACGGAUGACGAUGUUCUGUGAUUCUGAGGAGAUGCCCUAAAACAGCUGUAUUUCAGAUAGACAGUGAGAGAGACAGAGACCCUCUACCAUAAUGUCCCAACCUAAACUCUCUCAUGUGUGAUGUGGCUGUACCUAUCUCCCACUUUGUUCCCCCCACCCUGAAAAACAAAAUCUGAAUCCUAGCCACAAUUCAAGAAAGGGCCAAGCACUGCAUGAAAAUCUCUUUGGAGUGUGCAAAAUAGGUAGAAUUUAAAUUGCUUUGAACUUGGAAUACUUCAGUUUGAGCCCCCGAACACUCAUUUUGCACUUGAAACGAGUGUCCCCGACUCCCCAGAACUGUUUUGCACUUGAGAGGGACACGUUUUGAGCUCAGCUCAUUUCCAAAAUGGUUGGGAGAACCUCUUUUGAACUCCAUCUUUCACGUAUCUCUAUGAGAUGUUUUUCUUCUCCAUAAGAUGCAUAAUAUUACUCCCUUAGAACGUGUGGGUCACAACAUGUCUGUUCCCCUGAUGGGAGAGCUUUUUCAGGAUGGUGUGUGUGAUACUAUUGGGAAACUGAUCUGGCAGAAUUAAUACAACCAAAGGUUUGGAGUAGAAGCCUAUUAAAUCCAGAAUGGAUGGUCAGGUUUGAGGAAAGAGAGUGGAAAUCUUCACUUUUAGAACUUCAAGAUCAUCAGCAGUGGCUUGAAGAUGAUCUGCAGGCCCUUUGCCCUUCCAAAACCAAUGGGGAAUCUGGCAUUUUUAUGGAUCAGGAAAAGACGAAGGAUCCUAAUACAUACUUGCUGCUCCAACUAGAAGAUAUUUGAGCGUUAACCCAUACCUAUGCACUGUUAAUUGACUCUCAACGGUGUUUGCUAUUUUUAUAUGUAGUUAUAAAAAUAUCUUAACGGGAGGAGCAUCUGGCUGAUCUCCUCUGGGUUUGGAAGCUGAAUGGGCUCAAGGGAAUUUUAAAGAGAAAAGCAUGGCAAACCAUAUGAGAAGUGUGACUUGAAGCCUUUACCCAAACCUUUUGUUCUAGUUAUUAAAAAGGGGUUCUUGCUGUACCUGAAUUUCACCACCAAAGCAUGAGCAUUCUGGCCCUCAUCAUCCAUGCAAGGUGGACAUUGCAGUUCAGCAGAGGUAAAAGUGAGUUAGUGAGUCCUCUUUUGGGGGCAGAUGGAGGAGAAGGAAGCUGGUCAGAAUCUGAUCCGCUGUGGUCCCUGAAAGCUUCCUUGGAGAAGUUUUAGGAGCAGACUCCACAACUCCUGUGAAAUCUGCCCAUCUCCCAAACCACCUGCUCUUUCCUACCUCUGCUGGAUGUCCCUGGUGGCUAGGGAUUAUGGAUGUUGGACUCUAACUUGGAGGCUCGGCCAAGUUGGAAAGGCCACGCUGUUGUUGGGGGGGAGGGAAAUCCUUCUUUUUCAACUUGGUUGGCUUCUCUCUUUUUCCUAUUAAAGUUGUCUGUUGGGGCUCUUCUGUCCCUGGUCCUCUGCUGUACGAAGCUUUGAUUGAGGUAGGGUCAAAAAAAAAAUUGGUGUGCCUGUGGUUCUUGGAGUUGUGGCUGUUCAGACAAACACACCGGCUUCUGGAGUCCUAUUAAUGCUGUUUCUAAUAUUAAGCACGGAAGACCAUCUGGACUGACUGACUUCCUUCCCCUGUAGUGCCAUGUAUGGAAUUCCCCUUUGUUUGUACUAAUUUUGUAUGUUUAUUAAAACAAAAGCAUUGCUUAAAAACAAA